AUGGAAGACCCCUCAGGCUCUGGUGGUUGGCGCUUUGCUCAGUGUUUCGGUGACAAGGGCGAGGUCGAGGACAUCACUGAGGCCGACAUCAUAUCCACCGUGGAGUUCGAUUCAACAGGAAACUAUCUCGCCACUGGAGACAAGGGUGGACGUGUCGUUCUAUUUGAACGCAAUGAAAUGAAAAAAGGAUGCGAGUAUAAAUUCUAUACUGAAUUCCAAUCGCACGAACCAGAAUUCGACUACCUCAAAUCACUUGAAAUUGAAGAGAAGAUUAACAAGAUCAAAUGGUGCAAACGACAGAAUUCGGCGCAUUUUCUAUUAUCAACAAACGAUAAAACGAUCAAGCUCUGGAAAGUGUUCGAGAAAUCAUUGCGGGUGGUAUCUGAAUCGAAUCAUUUCGAUGGCCAGCAACCCAUAGCUGCCCCUUCUAGCACAAGCCACUUGCGACUCCCUCGGAUGACACAACAAGACAAUAUCAUCGCUGCUGUUCCUCGAAAAGUCUACUCUAACGCACAUGCUUACCACAUCCAUUCCAUCUCAGUCAACUCUGAUCAAGAGACAUACAUUUCGGCGGACGAUUUGAGAAUCAACCUCUGGAACUUAAAUACCAGCGACCAGAGUUUUAACAUUGUCGACAUCAAACCUGUGAAUAUGGAGGAACUAACAGAAGUUAUCACCGCAACUGAGUUCCAUCCAACCCAAUGCAAUCUAUUCAUGUAUUCAAGCUCAAAAAGCAACAUCAAGCUCGCAGAUAUGCGGGAUUCUGCUCUUUGUGAUCGCCACGCUAAAUGCUUUGAGGAAGAAGAAGAUCCUACCACGCGAUCCUUUUUCUCUGAAAUCAUAUCUUCCAUCUCUGACGUCAAGUUUAGCCACGAUGGCCGUUACAUUCUUUCCCGCGAUUAUCUUUCGUUGAAAAUUUGGGACAUCAACAUGGAAUCAAAGCCUGUUAAAACCAUACCCAUUCACGAUCAUCUGAGAGGCAAGCUGUGUGAUCUCUAUGAAAACGAUUGCAUAUUCGACAAAUUCGAAUGUAUCUGGGGAGGAGAUGAUAAGCACGUAUUGACCGGCUCAUAUCACAAUUACUUCCGGAUAUACGAUACCGAUACGAUGAACGACGUCGUACUACAAGCUGAUAAAUCAGCCUUCAAGGCGAAGAAGAUUGGUGGGCCUCUUCCAGGAGGUAAACCUGGAAUGAAGAACGGACCUAGACCGGGUGGCUUGAGGGAUGCUAUGGCGAUGGACGCACUUGACUUUAAUAAGAAGAUUCUUCAUGCAAGCUGGCAUCCACGUGAAAACACUAUUGCUAUUGCUGCAACGAAUAAUCUGUUCUUGUACAGUGCGGCUUGA